AUGGCUUCAUCUACAUCACUACACGAGGUUUUGGGGAUUCCGAUGAAUGCCACCAGCAACGAAAUCAAGGCAGCGUACCGAAAAUUGGCGAGGACGUGUCAUCCUGAUGUGGCAAUGGUGAAUCGGAGAGACAAGUCGGCCAAUGAAUUCAUGAAGAUUCAUGCCGCUUACUCGACCCUGUCAGAUCCAGAUAAACGUGCCGUUUAUGACCGUGAUCUUUUUAGGUUACGUCACAGGUUUGGCUCUUCAUCUGCCACGUUAGCUGCCAUGGCGACUGCCACGUCAAUGUCGGAAUUUUCGGGCCAUUAUCCACGCCGAAAUUGGGAGUCCGACCAGUGCUGGUAG